AUGGAUGAUUUUGUUUAUUGGAAAUUAACUAGGGAUGGUGGUUUCUCUACUAAAUCGGCCUACUCUCUCCUGGUUCGACAGUCCGUCGUUUCGAUUGUCAGCACUCCAGCUCCUGAUCAAUGGUGGAAAUCCUUUUGGGGUCUUCCCCUUCUCCCUCGCUUUAAGUUGUUUUGUUGGAAGCUGCUUCAUGAUGCCCUACCUUUAUUGGCCACUUUAUUUUCCAAGGGUCUUCCAGUGGAUCCGGUCUGUACUUUCUGUUGUCUGGAUCUUGAGACGACAUCUCAUCUUUUCAGAGACUGUCCUUUUAUUCGUAUCCUUUGGAACUCGACUCUCCUUUCACUGAAUGGUACCUUACCGGAGUCUACGUCAUUUACUGAAUGGGUGGUGUCUGUGGUCUCGUACUUUAGGAGGUCCAAGGAUUUGGUUAGUCUGACAUCCUUCGUUUCUCUCCUGUGGGCCAUCUGGAUUGUUCGGAAUGGUUGUGUUUUCAGGCAGGCAAUUUGGUCCCCCUCUUUAUUCCAUCAUCUUUCUCAAGAUUGGACAGAUAGAGUUGUUCAAGCGCAAGAGUUCCAUCGUCACCUUACAUCCUUGGCAAGGAGUUCUCCUAAUCCGUGUCAAGAGUUGGUGCCUUUGUGUCUGCAGGGGAAGCUCUCGGAUCCCCUCGAUCAUUGUCUUGUUUUUUAUGGAGCAUGGCUUAGUCAUGACAAUUGCACAGGCACAGGUUGGAUUGUCAGAGGGGUCACCUCGGAUACAAUACUUGGAGGUGGGGCACGAGUCUGUCGAGUUUCUAAUGCUCUUCAGGCGGAAUUACAGGCCUGCUUGUGGGGCCUUAGGUUGGCCUUGCGUAGGGGUUUUCUUAGUCUCCUCAUUUACAAAGAUUGUGCCCCUCUAGUUUCCUUGUUUCGGCUUUCUGGUACCUUUGAUAUUUCCUGUUUGUGGUUGCUUCGCGAGAUUCAAGAACUCCUUCCCCAGUUUUCAGUCUGUCAUCUUUGUAAGGUACCUCGGAAUUGGGUUGCUCCUGCGCACUGGUUGGCUGUUGGAGCUCGUGAUCGACGCUUCCUUUGUUGGUCUUUUUAA